AUUACUUUCUUGAUCCCAUCUCUAUACAUCCUAUAAAUCUCUCUUCAUCGUCAUUCUCAAGAGGAAUGCAUCAACAAAACUAUUAUAAAUCGUCAUAGUAUAUGAAUCAUUUUCAUUACUUCGUUCUAUAAAUUAAAAAAAGAAAUAGCGAUAACGAGCAAGAAAACAGAUGUGCUAAGACUCGUUUAUUAGACAAAGAAACUGAGUUUGCACAUGUCAAAUUGGCCAAACUCAGAUGACAGAUGACAACUUAUUCUCAUCAAGCCUUGCAAGCUAUCUUGAUAGAAAAAUUCUAAUAUUACUACGAGAUGGUAGAGAAUUCUUGGGAACAUUUCGUUCUUUCGAUCAAUAUGCGAAUAUAGUAUUGGAAGGUACCUUAGAGAGAAUAAUGGUGGGCAAUCUGUUUUGUGACAUACCUUUGGGUCUCUACAUUAUUCGUGGAGAGAAUGUUAUGCUCAUCGGAGAACGGGAAUCUGACGAGAAGGAGCUUCCGCCUCACAUGACUUGUGUGUCGGUAGCAGAAAUCAGAAAGGCUCAAAAGGAAGAACUAAAGGGUUCCACUACAAGGAAAAUGGAUUUUCUUGACUUUGACUAGUAUUUAUUAUUAUUAUUAUUAUUAUUAUUAAUGGUUGUUUUUAAGGAAUAAACAGUCUAAAUAUUAAAAUUUAAAUAAUUAACAUUU